AUGCCGCGCCAGCUACGUCGAGAAGACUAUACAGUAGGAUGGGUGUGCGCGCUGCCCAUUGAACUGGCGGCUGCGCAGGAGAUGCUCGACGAAGAGCACCCCGACCUCAAGCCCGACGCGUCCGAUAACGACGAGAACCUAUAUGCGUUAGGCUCGAUUGGUGGCCACAAUGUCGUUAUUGUGUGUCUGCCUGCCGGUCAGAUUGGCAACAACCCAGCGGCUGCGGUGGCAAUGCAGAUGCGAGCGACGUUCAAGAAGAUCCGGUUUGGACUGAUGGUGGGCAUUGGCGGCGGCGUCCCGAAUGCAGAAGAUGUCCGGCUAGGGGACGUAGUGGCUAGCCAGCCUCAUGGGACGUUUGCUGGAGUGGUACAGUAUGACAUGGGCAAAAAGACACCAAGCGGCUUCGAGCGUACAGGGUCGCUAAAUGCGCCGCCAAAGAUACUGUUGGCAGCUAUUGCCAAAGUACAGUCGAACGAGCUGCGCGGCAAAAGCAAACUAUCUGAGUACGUUGCUAAACUAGAGAGCAAUGCUCGGUUUCAGCGGAACAAGGCCGGGCCCGACGUGCUAUUCGAAGCAGCGUACGAUCAUGAAGCAGACGAUCAUGAAGCAGGGCAGACGUGCGACGGGUGCGACCCUAACAGGCAAAUCAUUAGACAUACUCGUCAGAGUACGAACGAAAUCGUGGUACACUAUGGGACUAUCGCUUCUGGCAACCAGGUGAUGCGGAGCGCUAUAGAGAGAGACGAGGUUAGCAAGGAGCUUGGUGGGGUGUUAUGCUUUGAGAUGGAGGCGGCAGGGCUGAUGAACAGCUUCCCGUGUCUAGUAGUCCGCGGUAUAUGCGACUAUGCGGACUCGCACAAGAAUAAGCGGUGGCAGCCGUAUGCCGCUGCCGUCGCCGCUGCAUACGCCAAGGAAGUGCUGUUAGUGAUACCGCCAGCAGAGGUGGCCGAGUUGCGCACAGCAGAAGAGGCUACACAAUUCACAAAACACAACUCUGAACGCCCUCGUAGUCCUAUUGCCAAACGUAGGAAGAUUGAGGGGAUAGAAGACUUGGGGAUUGACACUGUAGACCAGCAGGAAUCCGCUUUACCAAGCAAAUCACAAAGAGAGCGAACAGAUAAGACGUCGACACAACUCUCACCUCAGCAACACGAUUGCCUUAGAUCACUCUCUUUUCCGGAGCAAGAACAUCGGUUCCAUGACAUUCAUACCGCCGUCGAUACCUGCGAAUGGCUUUUUGAACAUCCAGGGUACCAAACCUGGAUGGAAAGUGACUCGGGACUCUUUUGGAUCAAGGGAGAUCCUGGCGCGGGCAAGUCUGUGCUUAUGAAACAUUGCGUUAAGCGAAUGCGUGAGCGCAGUCCUGACAACCUUGUUGUUUCUUUCUUCUUCCAUGGCCAAGGGAAGCCCUUGCAGAAGACAUCGUUGGGGUUAUUCCGCGCGCUGUUAAGCUCAAUGCUCGAACAUUUUCCAGAAAAUCUAACUCGGCUAGCUGCUAAGUGUACAGAGAACGAGAAACGAUACGGCAGACACGCAUGGGAAUGGACCGAGAACGAACUCCAAGAGGCUUUUUCUAAUACACUAUCAGAGGCUACUCGCCGUCAGCGUGUUGUCAUCUUUAUCGAUGCACUUGACGAAUGUGGGGAAGACCCCGCAAAGAGUUUAUUGGCAUACUUCAAAGACGUGACCUACCGGACAAAAAGUAAGAAUGCGCAAUUCAAAGUAUGUAUUUCUUCAAGGCACUACCCGAUCCUUGCGCUUGAUACCAUACCCUCAGUACAAGUGGAGAAGAUGAAUGGCCAGGAUAUACGAUGGUACGUCCGGGAGCGAUUGAAAGACAUCACGCCAGAGACAAAGCGUGAGCAGAUCCAGGCUGAAAUUCUAUCCAAAUCCAAUGGUGGAUUCCAAUGGGUGUUCCUUGUGACCAGAGGAAUAAUUGACAAAACUUUGACUGGCACUAAAGCAGAGAAGCUUCUCGAAGAAAUCGCCACCUGCCCAAAAACACUGAGCAAAAUGUACGAAACGAUUCUCAAUGGAGUUCCAGCAGCGAGUCAGCAUCAAAUGGCAAAGAUAUUUCAGUGGGUACUCUUCGCCGAAAGACCCCUGUCUGCCCAAGAGCUUCGGGAUGCGCUUGCUGCCGACAAAGACAUGAGUUAUAGGACUGUUCGUGAUCUUCGAACCCACGAGGGUUGGUCCGACACUUUGGUCGAGUUCGAGAGAUACGUCAAGCACAUUUCUAGAGGUCUAAUCUGCUUCCAAAGCCGCGAAUUAUGGGAGCAAUAUGAACUCAAUGGACCAGACUCAGACCGCGAGGCUCAACUUAUCCAUCAAUCGGUCGCCGAUUUCCUAACAGAAAAGUUUGCUAGUCUCUUUGGCAAUCAUUUACCCGCAGCACAUUCUUUGAUAGGAUCUAGUCAACUACAGAUAUCAAGGUCUUGUCUUCGGUACAUGAUUUUGGAAGAUGUACUGGAGGAUGCUACUCUUCCAAGAGGUACAAUUUCAUCGAAGUACCCAUUAGCGCCAUACGCCAUACGGUUCCUGUUUACGCACAUCAAGAAAGUUGAACAAGAAGGAAUCCUUCAAUCUGACUUGCUUUCUGUAAUGCAAUGGACGCCAAACUCUGAGAUUAUGCGCAAGCUUGCCACUCUGUGGAGAACUCUCGACCCAAAUAGCCGGUACAAGCCUCGCGAAUGGCCAUUCAUUCAAGCAACGGCUUUGCAUGUCUCCGUAGCCUUUGGAUCUAUGAGUGCGGUCGAUAUACUGCUAGAGUCAGGUUUCAAAGAAUUUGAAGGCAGAGACGCUGACGGAAAUACACCAUUGAUGCUCGCCAUCACAGAGGGCCACCAGGACAUCGCUUUAGUGCUGCUAGAUCGAGUAGUCGACUGCAGAGGCCAACAUGGACAGCCUGAUGCCGACGCGGAGUGCGAUGUCACGUCUACUCCAGUGGCAUGCGCUACCGUCAUCAACUCAGAGAACAACGUCAGUGAAACAGCACUCGAUCUUGCCCUAGAGUAUGAUAUGACUGCGGUCAUCGUCAAACUCAUAGAAACAGCUGCUCAGCGCUGGGGCUAA